UAUCCUGUACGAAGCCAUGCUUGGAUUUUAAUAGCCAUGUUUCGACUAGCCAUGGAUUUCACCUCUUGUGAAUCUUUGGGUCACGGCUGUAGGCACCAGUUCUUGCAAAGGCCAGGUCACCGGGACCGGUAUGGAUUCCCUCAUAGUCCCUUGUGGAAUCUUAGAUCUGGUCAGCAAGCGAGGAGUCGUGGGCUUCUGGGCAACCAUGCUUUUUCCUAUUUGGAACGACGGCCUAAUGGACUACUGCCAAAUAUGUAUCAUUCCAAAAGGCUACACAAAGCCACGGACCUCUUCUGGGAAAGCGGGCAACCUGAGCACUUUGCACCUGCAAAUUCAGACCCUGCCCUGACAGAUGGGAGUACAGCCUACCAGACUUACUUGAAAAGGAGGAAAAGGUACCUCCGGGCAUUUGGCAAGCCCACUCCAGAGACGGAGGUGAUUGUGUGGGGAUCAACAAGCCCAUUGGAAACCCUGGAGGCAUUCCCUGGGAUUUAUGGUAGUGCCACGACCAUCUCUGUUUUGCAACGCAUGACCACCACCAUCUCCACCACUACCACCACUACUAUCACCACCACUACUGCUGCUUCCACGAAGGUACAGCCAGAAGGGCCAGGCCCUGGAAUUGGCACACCGAAAAACAACCCUGGGGUGGUUAGCACAAUGGUGCCACCUGCUACUUCUGAUGGUAACAGGAAAGAGGUUGAUGCUCCUCCACCUAAGAUACCGGGAGACACUUCUGGUCUGGCCGUCCAUCAGAUUAUCACCAUCACCGUCUCUCUCAUCAUGGUCAUUGCCGCCCUGAUAACGACUCUCGUCUUAAAAAAUUGUUGUGCGCAAAGUGGGAACACAAGGAGGAACAGCCACCAGCGCAAAAUUAACCAGCAGGAAGAAAGCUGUCAGAAUCUGACAGACUUCACCCCAGCCAGAGUCUCGAGCAACCUGGACAUCUUCACGGCCUACAAUGAAACACUACAGUGUUCCCAUGAAUGCGUGAGGACGCCGGUGCCUGUCUACGCCGAGGAGACGAUACUUCCCCCAGGGGAUUACAAGACAUCCUUCAAUGGAAAUCGACCCUCCUCCUCUGAUCGGCAUCUAAUUCCUGUGGCCUUUGUGUCUGAGAAAUGGUUUGAAAUCUCCUGUUGACCAGCCG